AUGGCGGCGUUGUUGUUCCGCAGUCAGUCGUCGACGUGUGUCCGCGUCUCGCCAGCGCGUGACGCGAGCCGCCUGUCGUCCAAGCAGAACAACCAGCCUCGUUUCUUUCCUCGCGGUGCUUGGUCUGCUCGGCGACCCCUUAAGAAUGCAAUUGUCAGCGCCACUUCCGCAUCGUCGUCGUUCUCGUCAGCACAGCAGGCAGCAGUCCCGACGGGCAUGGGGGAGGGGUCACGGCUUGGAGGAGGACCACGGCAAAUGGGUGGCGAUGAUGGCUCUCAGAUGGUGGAGAAGGGGAGGAAAAUACGGAAAAAAGAAGAAGUGCUCAAGGAGCUGUUGAAGAUGAGGGAUCAGUUGGAGGAGCUGUUUGCAGGCCUAUCACUGGAGGAGAACUUUCAAACCUCCCGCCCUCUUGACAACAGAAUCACAGACGCACGAUCGACAUCAUCGCUGCAGGGGACACCGGGGCAGAAAGUCGAUCAAGAGGUUCUAGAGCAGCUUCUGAGUUUGAAGCACUUUUUGGAUAUGCUGAACAACCUCAUCGAAUCAUUUGAUCCAGCAGCAGAGGCAGACAGUGCGCUGGUUUGCCUCAAUAACGCACUGCAGUUUUAUCACAGGAGGAGGGCCGAGGGAAUGCCAGCAAGCACAGUCAUCCUCAAUUUCCUCCUUGCUAUUUCCACGCAAGUGGAUCACAACAAGUCUAUGGAGCUGUAUGCACUGAUGCUGAAGGAAGGACUGCAGCCUGACUUUACCACCAUUGGGUGUCUGUGCUUAUCGGCUUGCUUCGCGGGAGAUAUCAUUUCCAUUAAGCGGAUCUUACUGGACUCGGCUGGUUGGGAGGAUCAAGAGAAUCACGAGGAUGAAGAGGAAGAUUUUCUUUCCAGCACCACUCUCUAUUACAACAAAUUCAUUGAUCUGUGUGCUGCUAGUGAUUCACAAGCGAAUGUUCAAGCUGAGCAAACUUCAACUGAGCAGGUUCAGGUUCAACUUGAAAUGGCGUGGCGCCUCUAUCACGGGCUGGAAGCAGACAAGAAUGCCCGACCCGAUGCCGAAACAUUCAACAUCCUCAUUGGCGUCAAUCUCAAGGCAGGGGAUCACGAGGGGGCGUUGCAAGCAUACAAGCUGAUGUCAGCGAGUGGGUUUGCACGCGACUUGGAGCCAGAGCUUUGGAACAAGCUCAUCCAUGCCGUGGCUGCCGUGCCCUCCGCCCCUGCCUACGUGGCCUACGGGCCGGACCUAGACACGUACGUGGGGCUCAUGGCAGUGUGUGCCAGGGAUGGCGAUGCAGCAUGGGCGAUGGCACUGAGGAGGGAGAUGGAGGAUGGCGGAGUGGAGGUGACGGGAGAAGUGCUCCGUGCGCUCAUGGCCAUGCAACGCAAAGCGGGGAUGUGGGAGGCCGCUGUGGAAACCUUCAAAGAGAUGCAAACCAAGGCGGUGCUCUCAACCGAUGAGGAUGCGGCAUGGGGUCGUGAGUUCCUGAAGGAAGCUGCUGAGAAAGUUCGCCCUAAUGCGAAGACCCUCAAUCUUCUCAUUGAAGCAAGUGUAGAGGCAGGGUAUCACGAGGGGGCGGUGCGAGCGUACAAGCUGAUGGCAGCAAAUGGCUUGGCACAUGAAUUGAAUCCGGUUUUCUGGAGCAAGCUCACCCAAUUUGCGAGGACCGUGAUUGCACCGUCUACCCCUACUAACACUGCAAACGAGGCAGACACGCCUCCUCCAGUGCUCCAGCUCCUAUCAGAGGCUACUGAGAGUGGCUGUGUCGACCCAGAGGUCUUCAACCUCCUCAUCGAAACCAGCCUGCAGGCAGGGGAUCCUGAGGGGGCGUUGCGAGCGUACAAGCUGAUGUCAGCGAGUGGGUUUGCAUGCGACUUGGACCCGCCUUUUUGGAACAAGCUCAUCCACGCCGUGGCUGCCGUGCCCUCCGCCCCUGCCUUCGUGGCUUACGGGUGCUACGAUGGCAUGCAGCGGUGGGGUCCCGAACCAGACGAGGCAACGUACCAGGGGCUCAUGGCAGUGUGUGCCAGGGAUGGCGAUGCAGCACGGGCGAUCGCGUUGAGGAGGGAGAUGGAGGAUGGCGGAGUGGAGGUCACAGCAGUGGUGUAUACCGCGCUCAUCAAUGCUCAGGGCAGGGCAGGGGAGUGGGAGGCGGCUGUGGAGACGUUUAAUGAGAUGCAAGGCAGCACGAAGGGCGAGAUGGAGCACCCGCACCAGCCGUCAAUGGACACCUACACUCGGCUGUUUGACGCCUGCUUCGGGCCGGACGGAGCUGAUCCCGUGAUACGGGACGCGAUGCAGGAGGGGAAAACGCUCAAGUUCACUCCAGCGCUACAAGCAGCAGUGUCUAUCUUCAGAGAGGCAGCAGCUAAGGGCGUCUUUCCCCCGGCUUUGACUGCAGAUCCUUUCACGCUUUACGUGGUCGACUGCACUCGCCCUGUCGCGGCUGCGGCGCUGCUUUCGCUGCUUCUGCAUCUCGCCUCCUCCUCCACUGCUGGCUGUAAUGAUGCCUCGUGGCUGCAGAACUUGGUUAUUGUCACGGCAACCUUGUAUCGACAGUCGCAAGCAGCGGACGAGGCUCCACCACAGGAGCCAUGCCCAGACCUCCAAGGGACGAUGGAGGCAAUGCUGCAGGCGCUGGGGCUGAAGGGAGAGAGGCUGCAUGGCACGAGCGCGCUGCAGGGGCUGUGUGUCGACAGGGAGGACCUGCGCCUCUGGCUCAACACACAGGCUGCCUCCGUGUUCCUCGCAUGA